AUUGUUCCGGGUGACACCAUAGUUUAUGUGGGACGUCGUUGCAAAUAAUUUCAUCUUAUGUCUGCUCCCGGUGAAUUCAUGUUAGUUUCAUAGUUAGAAUCGUUCUCAUUGUAGCUUAAAAUAUGUCAUCUCUGGGUAAUUUAUUACUUUAUUUUGGCAUAGUUCCCUUACUAUUAACUCUUGUUUGUUCCUUUCCAGUCUUGCCCGCUGUAAUCUUGACUUUAAGGAGAUCUUCAUGGGGACUUGCAAUAUCACAAAAGGAAUUUCGACGACCUUCUCUGGGAUUUGAGGCAACAAACCUUUACGCAACUUAUUUAUCUAUCAUAGAGAAAAUCAUUCAAAAUUUUCCGAGUAUUUGCAAUGGGGUUGUGAUUGAGAAGGCUACGGUCCAACGAUGUAAUAGUUUGGUGUGGCGGAAAAGCGGUUCAGAGUUUCUUGGAGGUAUAUCAUCUAUUUUUAUAUGGUUGUCAAAGAUAUUUUAAGAUAUUAUUUUUCUAUAUGUCCUAUUAUAUCUUGAUCAGGUGGAUUGGAAU